GAGCUAUUAUCACUGAGAUACUGUCGAGUGUGAAGAAUCGAUCAUCGUGUUUAAAGUGCAGCGAGCACCUGUGUUAAAUACACUGAACUGAAAGAACACUGCUAUACUGAGAACAUUAAUACAGCUCUCGAGGAAGAAAGAUGAGGCUUCUGUGCGUGUUGGUGCUGGUGGCCGCCAGCGUGUUCGCGGAAGACGACGAGAAGAAGGAAAGCGUGGGGACCGUGGUGGGAAUCGAUCUGGGCACCACGUACUCCUGCGUCGGUGUGUUCAAGAACGGUCGUGUUGAGAUUAUCGCCAAUGAUCAGGGGAACCGCAUCACGCCAUCAUACGUGGCCUUCACCACCGAGGGCGAGCGUCUGAUCGGAGACGCCGCCAAGAACCAGCUGACCUCCAACCCGGAGAACACCGUGUUCGAUGCCAAGCGCCUGAUCGGACGCACCUGGAGCGACCCCUCCGUCCAGCAGGACAUCAAGUACCUGCCUUUCAAGGUGGUUGAGAAGAAGAGCAAGCCUCACAUCCAGGUGGACAUCGGCGGCGGCCAGAUGAAGACCUUUGCCCCUGAAGAGAUCUCUGCCAUGGUGCUGACCAAGAUGAAGGAGACCGCCGAGGCCUACCUGGGCAAGAAGGUCACACACGCCGUGGUCACUGUCCCUGCCUACUUCAACGAUGCUCAGCGCCAGGCCACUAAAGAUGCCGGGGUCAUCGCCGGGCUGAAUGUGAUGAGGAUCAUCAACGAGCCAACUGCCGCCGCUAUUGCCUACGGCCUGGACAAGAAGGACGGCGAGAAGAACAUCCUGGUGUUCGACCUGGGCGGCGGCACCUUCGACGUGUCCCUGCUGACUAUCGACAAUGGCGUCUUCGAGGUGGUGGCCACCAACGGGGACACGCACCUGGGCGGCGAGGACUUCGACCAGCGCGUUAUGGAGCACUUCAUCAAGCUGUACAAGAAGAAGACGGGCAAGGACGUGCGCAAGGACAACCGCGCCGUGCAGAAGCUGCGUCGUGAGGUGGAGAAGGCCAAGCGCGCCCUGUCCGCUCAGCACCAGGCCCGCAUCGAGAUCGAGUCCUUCUUUGAGGGCGAGGACUUCUCCGAGACUCUCACCCGCGCCAAGUUUGAGGAGCUCAACAUGGACCUGUUCCGCUCCACCAUGAAGCCUGUGCAGAAGGUGCUGGAAGACGCUGACCUGAAGAAGUCCGACAUUGAUGAGAUUGUGCUGGUUGGCGGCUCCACCCGCAUCCCUAAGAUCCAGCAGCUGGUGAAGGAGUUCUUCAACGGCAAGGAGCCGUCCCGAGGCAUCAACCCCGAUGAGGCCGUGGCGUACGGGGCUGCCGUGCAGGCUGGAGUGCUCUCUGGAGAGGAGGACACAGGUGACCUGGUUCUGCUGGACGUUUGCCCCCUGACACUGGGUAUUGAGACUGUGGGCGGAGUCAUGACCAAGUUGAUCCCCAGAAACACUGUGGUCCCCACCAAGAAGUCCCAGAUCUUCUCCACCGCCUCUGACAACCAGCCCACCGUCACCAUCAAGGUCUAUGAAGGUGAGCGCCCCCUGACCAAAGACAACCACCUGCUGGGCACCUUCGACCUGACGGGCAUCCCCCCCGCACCCCGCGGUGUCCCCCAGAUCGAGGUGACCUUCGAGAUCGACGUGAACGGCAUCCUUAGGGUGACGGCUGAGGACAAGGGCACCGGCAACAAGAACAAGAUCACCAUCACCAACGACCAGAACCGGCUGACGCCCGAGGACAUCGAGCGCAUGGUGAACGACGCCGAGCGCUUCGCUGAUGAGGACCGCAAGCUGAAGGAGCGCAUCGACGCCCGCAACGAGCUGGAGAGCUACGCCUACUCGCUCAAGAACCAGGUGGGCGACAAGGAGAAGCUGGGGGGCAAGCUGUCAUCCGAGGACAAGGAGGCCAUCGAGAAGGCGGUGGAGGAGAAGAUCGAGUGGCUGGAGUCGCACCAGGACGCCGACCUGGAGGAGUUCCAGGCCAAGAAGAAGGAGCUGGAGGAGGUGGUGCAGCCCAUCGUCAGCAAGCUAUACGGCAGCGCGGGGGGCCCACCCCCUGAGGGAGGGGAGGACGACGAGCAGGCCGACAAAGACGAGUUGUAGGGGGGCGGGACGCCUCGGCCCCCACCCCCUCACCCUCGCUUCUCUGGGCAGGGGCUAAGGUGCGCAGACGGGACUCAUUAAAUGGGUGAGAGGAAAGAGGGGGGGUGGCAGCUCCAGCCCCAGGUGUGUGGAAGGACUCUGAGGGUGGGGGGGGGAGAGGGAGAGCCUGUGAAAGUUGCUGUCUUCACUGCAAAGUGGAGGUUUAAAGUCGGCCUGGAUUGAGGCUCACUUCUGCUGUUCUCUGGCAGUUUGAAAGGGGUUAUUUUCUCU